AGAUUUGCUUUAUACACUUUCUGUAAAUGCUGUUUAUGCAGCUCUGUACUGGUACCUGAUGUAAUGUACAGUGGUUAAAUAAAGUUUCUUUGGAAGAACAAAAAAAGAUGAACGAUCCUGUUCCUAGUAACUUAGCUAAACAGAAGAAAUGUACAUUAUUUCAGGAGAAUACUUACGCAAACACAAAGAUAUACAAAAAUAAACCCCCGCUCCGAAAAAAGACAAAAUAAUAACAAAGUAAGUAAAACGAAUUAUUGCCUAGCGGAAGUUAUUCUGUUCGCGCAUGCGCCAAUGAGCUAAUUGAACGGCUCGUGCUACCGGUACGGAUCGGUUAGUGACAACCCCUUUUUGACAUUACGCAGAAAUAUUUUUUCAUCACCGGCUUCUAAAAUUGAUAUAGAAUGUUUUUUACUCGCUGGUUCGGACUGUGCUCUCAGUGCAGCCGUGUAGCUUCACGCUGUGAGUUAGGAUGGAUAACCCGGACCGGACAGAGCAGACGGAAAUAUGCUGACUUUACAGGGGUGCAGCGCCUGGCUACUUCUAUAGUUCCAAAGCGCAACUCACACUAUGAUUUAGGGAAUUUAUAUAACAACAUCUCAGUUCAGAGGUAUCUGCAGAAACUGAUGGAGGAACACAGAUUCAUCAGCAGAAAGUUACAACACGAACACCUCAGUGAUCCAGACAGGAAAGCCCUGCUGAAGAAGCACGCAGAACUGCAGUCUCUUGCUGAUGUGUCUGGGAGCAUUGAACAAGCCCAAAAAGACUUGGAAGAAGUCCUUUCACUUCUGCACACUAGUGCUAAGGAUGAAGAUGAACACUUGAUCCAGCUGCUCAAAGAGGAGGAGGCACAGAUCUGCAGCAACAUUCUGGCCCUAAGAAAAGAUCUGAUCAAAGCACUUGUGCCAAUUGACCCUCUUGACUCGAGCGAUGUUGUGCUUGAGGUUGUUUCAGGACGAACAACUGGAGGUGACAUCUGCCAGCAGUUCACAAGGGAAAUGUUUGAGAUGUACCAGGGCUUUUCUUAUUACAAGAACUGGGACUUUGAGGUUCUAAACCUCUCACCUGCUGAGUAUGGUGGACUGCACCAUGCAGCAGUCAGGGUAACUGGUAACAACGUAUACAGACACCUGAAACAUGAAGGAGGAACACAUAGGGUGCAGAAAAUCCCUGAGAUAGGCCUCUCCUCCAGGAUGCAGCGGAUCCACACAGGAACAAUGACGGUCAUUAUCCUGCCACAGCCAGUGGAGUUCGAUGUCCAUAUCGACCCAAAGGAUCUACGAAUUGACACCUUGAGAUCACGAGGUCCCGGUGGUCAGGGUGUAAACACAACGGACAGUGCUGUGCGGAUAGUUCAUCUUCCUACAGGAAUAACAGCUGAGUGCCAACAGACUCGCUCACAGCUGCAGAAUAGAGACACAGCCAUGCGUGUGUUGAGGGCCAGACUCGUCCAGUGCAUGAUGAGCAAGGAAACUGAGCAGAGGCACACAGCACGAAAGCAGCAGAACCAACAGACCUGUAAUGACAUGAAGGACAGAAAACCAGGAGGAGUUGAAUUAAAUGAGACGGAGGUGGGACUGUCAGGGUUGGCUCAAUAUAAGAAGUAACUGCUGAGACAGACCUGUGUUCAAUCAUUUAAUGAUAAUUAAAUGUGAAUAGUUGAAAAUUAAACAAAGUAAGGCUUAAACAUUAACAAUUGUCUCAUAUUUUACGGUAAAACAAACUGGACGAGUGUUAUUGGAAUAUUAUUCUGAAGUCACUGGCCUCACGCCACUCCGACAUGUGAGCACUGGAGAUACGGGAGCGGCUGCUCCACAGUACCUGCUGAUUGCCAGGGCCAAAUGCUUGCAUUUUACUGUGCAGAUAAUGAAUGUCCGGGAUAUGACUGUCUCUGUUUCGUCUCAUGCCAAGGCCACUGUCGGGUAUUAGGGGAGCCGAGAGACAGAGGAGAGACAGAGACAGGGCAGACAGGCUGAUGGCCGGACCGUGGGGUGCAAUAAGUUUUCAUCUGUGUGAUCUCUGCUCUGUUUCUCAAUAAAAGAGCUGUAACUUCAUCACUCCACCAUUUCCUUAUUCAAUAACUCUAGGAAGCCAGUUAUUGUUUAGAAUUCCUACAAUAUUUGGUGUCACGAACAGGAUCUUGGAGACCUUGACCAACCUUAAGAGCUACCUAUACGAGUGUUUUGACAGCAUCGUAAUGGGAAGCUGAAAAGUUCCACAACCACUAACACACCAUCAACUAAACGCUCCCGUUCGACUUCAACCAGCUCUGCUUCCACAUUAUCUCCAGAUAGGAGCUACAGCGACGUCCUGGAAUUAAUCGAUAAGAAGCUAACUAGCCUGGAUGCCCGUCUCGCCUUGGUAGAAGUUCUAGACAAGGAAUUUCAAGCCCUGAGAGAGUUGCUGGAAUACAGCCAGGAGCAGCUAGCCUCCGUCACAGCCGAGAACGAAUCGCUGAAGGGGGAAGUCGGGAAGCUCACCGAGGGGACGGGUCAGUUGUCCGGAGAAAAUAGUAAGAUGAAGGAAUCCAUUCUGGACAUUUAGUCACGAAGUAUGAGAGACAACCUCGUCUUUGCCGGCAUCCCGGAGAAGCAGGAGGAGGAUGCCAAGGAAAAGUUCCGUGAUUUCCUCCAGCAGAAGCUGAAAAUCCCGGCAGAACAGGUAAAAAACAUCCCCUUCCAUCGAGUUCAUCGGCUUGUAGGUAAGAAGCCAGAUAAUACCCGACCUCAGCCGAUUGUAGCUAAACUCCAGCAUUACAAACAAAAAGAGAGGUCAGAAUUGGGGGCAGAGAGUUGAGAGGAACAAAUUUCAGCGCCAACAACCAGUUUCCAAAGGAAAUCCUAGAUCGAAGGCGAGUUUUAUUCCCAAUCAGGAAGAAAUACAUUGCUGAGGGCAUCAGAGCUACAGUGGCUGUAGAUAAGCUUCAUAUUAAUGGUCAGCUGUUCAGGGAUCAGAGAAGCACUUUGUGGCUUUAUUAGCUGCACAACAGGUGAAUUUAAAGCAUGUGACACUUGUUAAAAGAGAAUAGAACUGAGCACGGUGAUGAAUGUAUGCACAGCUCAAGAGCACGUUGGCACGAUAUCUUUGUUAGUCACGGCUGGGUACAUGGGGCAAGGACUGUAAUAAUUUCUCACUCUCUGCACUUUCUUAAUUCUCUGUCUUUCUUUAUCUUACUCCUCUGCUUCUUCCCUGUGGAUCAGACAAUCACAAGCACUUUGUAUCAUGUCACCUGGGUCUAUGUAUAUCUAUUUCUAUAGGGUCAUGCAUUUUCCAGCUUCUUAUUCACACCUAUGGUGGAUUUAAGGUUUGUGGCAUGUAAUGUGCUUGGAUCUGGCACCAGAGAGAGAGAAAUGAAGAUCUUUAACCAUCUUAAAAAGACUACAGCCACAUGUCGUCCUAUUGUAAGACAUUCAUAAAUCAGCUACAACUGUAAACGAUCUUAACUCACCUGAGUUCCCUAAUGUCUUUGCUGCCUGCUAUAACUCUAGACAAAGAGGAGUAGCAAUUUUGAUCCACAAAAACAUUAGUUUUACAAUAUUAGACGAAAUUAUAGAUCCUGAGGGUAAAUUCAUAAUAAUAAAAAUAUCUAUUCAUAACUAAAAGUUAUGUAUUGUCAGUAUAUAUGGCCCAAAUGUUGAUGACCCCUCAUUCUUCCAUAAACUUUUUCAUACACUUUCAAAACAUGGGGAUUGUUCUCUAUUUAUUGGGGGCGACCUCAACUUUGGUCUAAAUGAGGAAAUAGACAGGUUGAAUACAACAGGGACUCAGCGCAGUUGGCAAUCAUUAAAUCUAGUCAAACAAUACAUGAGUGAUUAUCUCUUCAUCCUAACCGUAAGGAAUAUACUUUCUUUUCAAAUGUCCAUCAUUCCUACUCUCGUUUGGGCUAUUUCUUAAUCAGCAGUUCGCUGCUGUCUGACAUUUCAGAUGCUGUAAUACAUCCUAUUACUGUCAGUGAUCAUGCCCCUGUUUCUUCAACCCUAAUGAAUAAAAAGAUAAAACCCCACAAAACAAAAGCUGGAGACUUAAUACAUCAUAUUUUAAAGAGUAGGCUUCAUUCUUGGAGUACAAUGAUUUACCAGGGACAGCAGCAUCUAUCCUCUUGGACGCAGGGAAAGCAGUGAUGAGAGGUAAAAUAAUUUCAUUCUCAUGUCAUAAAAAGAAGAUAGAAAACAAAAUGAUUCAGGAAUUAGAUGGAAAAAAAUAUUUACUAGAAACCUCCCAGGAUGAGAAUAAGAUGGGUAAAAUCCGUAAAGUAAAAUUAGAAUUAAACGAAUAUAUUGAAAAGCAAAAUAAAGUUUUGUACAAGACUUCAAAUAGAAAACUUUGGACAUGGCAAUAAGUCAGGAAUCUUCUUAGCCAAUCAGCUGAAAAUAAACAAAG